UCGUGUCGCUGAUAUGAUCGUGUUUGACUUGUACAUACGUAAGAUAGUGACUGUGACGUUUUUGCAGUGAAUCUCAUAAACAAGUUUUGCUGACAGCAUCAAAUAGAAGAUACACAUAGUAGUUAUUAGUGGCAUGUCAACCGCGAGCUACGUCGUACUUGCAGACAGGCAAUUAUGGAUCGCUGGAUUGGUAAAACCGCAGUCGUUACCGGAGCUGCAUCCGGCAUCGGCCAAGCAAUUACAUGCGCUCUUCUGCGGUACGGAGUAAACGUGGCUGCUAUAGAUAUCAUGAAUGAAAAAUUGAUCGAACUUAAAGCGGAAAAGCAAAAAUUGCCAGGCAAAUUAGAAACUAUAUUGUGCGAUGUAAGUUGCGAGGAUGAACUUAAUAGGGCAUUCAGUGAAAUUGAAACAAAAAUGAUGGGUGUGGACAUUAUGAUCAACAAUGCUGCUUAUUGUGAAUACACACGCGUAAUUGAUAGUGAUUGGAAAACAUUUCAAGUAAUAAUGAAUACUAAUGUCACAGCAUAUGCUGCAUGCAUGAAUAAGGCAGUAAAUUCGAUGUACAAACGAAAUGUCGAAGGGCAUAUUUUCAAUAUUAACAGUGUUGUAGGUCACUGCAUUCCAGGAAAGCCUUCUAAAGAAAAUGUUGAUAUCGCAUUUGAUUUUAAUUUGUAUGUCGCUUCUAAGCACGCAACUGUUGCUUUAACUCAUACGUUACGACGAGAAGUAGCGGAUAUCAGACCUUAUAUUCGAAUUACAAGUAUCAGUCCUGGUCUUGUAAACACGAGUAUAGAUUUACGAUCGGAAGAAGCACAUGAUACUUUCAAAAAAUUACCAUCUCUUCAACCGGAAGAUAUAGCGGAUGCAAUCAUUUAUGCUCUUGGAACACGGCAAGAAGUUCAGAUUACGGAGCUUACUAUUCAACAUACUGGGGAAAUUCCAUGAAAAAUAUUUUUAGCAACACACAUAUACAUCUUAGCACAUCAUUUUACAAGAAACUUAUAGUAUAAAAUGUUCUUAGUUGUGUUACAUUAAGGAGAGGCGAAUAGUUAAGAAGAGCAAGAUUUAAAGCGUAGUAGAAGAGCGGCGGAGUGAUGAUCGAUAAAGACGUACAUAGGCGCUUCAUAGGGCCGUCUGUAUGGACAGGCCGGUAUUUAGGAAUUUAUAUUAAAAUAUGUAAAUCUAUUGGCGCGCGCGGGCAUAUUUGAAAACAGAUAAAUUAUGCCGGCCGUGUAUUGCGUUCUCGCGGUAAAAUAUCGACAGCGCGCAAGGGGUUGAGGCUGACGGCGGAAGCGGAGUUCCUCGCAUAACGGCACGUUCUGUCGACCGGCAGAAAUGCGAUUUAUGACGAUCAUUGUGUAACGAUCAUAAAUUAUUUCUUUAUUUACGCGGAAGAGAAAGAGAGAAAGAGAGAGGAAGAGAGAGAGAGAGAGAAAGAGCGCGCUUAUGCGUCCAAUAGCAGCAUUUGUAUUCAUUGUUUUUUCGUGCCUUUCACGUCUUUCUCAUAUAGUAACACCUGAUGCUUCCAAAUUCUGCCACUCUCUUCGCUUAGCUAGUUUACAUUCUAUAGCAACGAGUUAAUCUCAUAAAUUGGGAUUAUCGGACACCUGUCAUCUGUGCAACGUAAAAAUGUGAAAAAAAACAUCUCGAAUUAUUAUAAAAAUUUUAAAUGUCA